AUGGCUCCGUCCAAUUCAAAGCCUGCAGCAAAGGAUGGUGUUGGAAAUGACAUUGAGGUGAUUGACAGUACCAUUGUUGACACUGUUUUGCAAGAUUCGACGAUUGAAACAUUCCUCUGGACUCAGGCGUGGAGGGUGCCGGGACGCAAACGAUCUCGGUCCGGACUCUCCCUUCGGCAUACGCCGGACACGUGGCGGGAGAUACCGAAGUUACAAUGGGCCCCACCGAGACGGGAUGACGAUGUCCUCCUCACUGACCAGACUCGCUCCCGUCUGCUGGCACCAAUCCCCGCCACUGCGAGCCAGCGCCCAGCCAUGCUAGACCUUAUUAACCGCCUGCGCAAUUCUGAGGCUCAGGGAGAUAUUGACCUCCCUAUGAUUCCUGUUAUCGGCAAUCAAAGUGUAGGUAAAUUAUCGUAUCAUCCCUCAUCGAAUCAAUUUUUGGCAUCGCCCUUCCUCGUUCACAGGGCAGCUGCACAAGAAUGCAAGGUUACGCAAGCAAACACGCCAUGGACUGAGGGUAGCAUCGAGCAAGCUGUGCUGAUGAUCGCUUACGACCACUUUGACCGAGCUGCGGCCCGCGCGAAGGAGAAAAUGGAUUGGUUACUUCGAGUGGAGAGGGCGCCAGCAACCCUGAACACUCAUUACUACUCCGACUAUUGUGACAAGUUCCUCGCUGAAGACUAUGAACAACGCGCUCUCCUCGCUGAAAGAAUGGGAAUCUCGGCGAAAGUCGAUGAUCUGGCCAGAUUGCUACCUUCUAACCUGUUGGAGGUGGCAUCGGGAAUAAUGGCGAGCAUCCAAGGAUAUUUUCAAGUCGCCUACAUGCGUUUCGUCGACACCGAACCCUUGGCAAUUGACCACGAAAUGGUCCGAAGAAUGGAGCGGCCUUCAAGAGGCUCUCCUAGAUGGGUUGCAAGUCAUGAGUGA